AUGACUUCACGGAUCAAGGAUUUCAACGAGCGUAGUCAUCCACCCGGUAGCAAAGACCAGGGAAAGCACCUAAACGGGUUUUCUGAGUCAGCUAAUCGGGGAACAGGACGUCGUUACGGUACGUCUAAGAUCCGUCCAGAGCAUGCUUGGCAUCGCCAACAUUACCAAUUUGCUCGAAUCUCUUUCUAUUUCUUUCAUCUUCAGAAAGUUCCUAUAUUAUCCUUCUUUUCUUGCUGGCUUACUAACUCUUGCUCUAGCUCCGAUUCCUGGCAAAAGGCUGACUCAUUUGAUUACUUUAUCCUAUCACUCUUUAUCCAAGGGAUAAAGGCUAGGGUGACUCUAUCAAGGAAAGACCUGGCCUUAAUUGAGGCUCAGAAACUUUUUCUUGCUACAAAGCUAGUACUAUUAAGGAAGAGGCAGCCCAGGCUGGAACUGGACAUGCAUCGCCUUCCGUCCUCAACGGAUCUCGUUAACCCUCUAAUUCACAAAAUAGGGACUCAGCCACUGGAAAGUCCACAAAGACGAGGGGAUCGAGUAGGCCGUGGAAAGAGAAUAAGUUUGUCCGACUCAACCAAGACAGGGUCUUCUUCAGUCCGCUUGGACAGCGUCAAACUAUCUUCUUCAACGAAGCGCUUGACUGAAACUAGGAAUGCUAUAAAUGGUGGAAUCGUGUUGUGCAGGAAUUCUUCAGGACGUAUUACUCUUUUUCACCGAGGGGGUGGAUCGAAGCGAUUGCAGCGAAGAAUUGAUCUGAAACGAAGCACUUCGUCUAUGGGCAUUGUAGAAAGGAUAGAAUAUGACCCUAAUCGUUCUUCUCGAAUCGCUCCAGUACGAUGGAAAGGGGGGGCCCACCAGAGAAAAUGCAAGACGAUAGAAGAGUUCGCUCCGCCGAAAAAGAGACUCGAAUCUACCACGACCACCAUCCGCGGUCCAUUUUCGUUCUCUUCCCUGCCCGGGAAGGUGGAUCAAAGAAAGGUAGCUUGCUUCUCUCCUGGACUGAUGGCGUUUUAUGUAGUGGUCGGCCUUCCUACCAGAAUGCCUUCUUGGUCGAAGAGCCACUUUACUAGUAAGGGCGCAGGAAGCAAAAAAACUUGCGCGAAGGACGUUUUCUUCUCUGCCUUCUCCUCUCCAAAGGCCAAGGGUCCGAAGGAGAUUUCCUUCGGUAGCUCUUUUGGUUUCCCAAGGAUAGCGGUAGCUGGGGCAAAGCCCGCUUUCUUCGUUUUUCGAAUGAGAGAGAAAGUCAGAGGAAAAAACACGUUCUCUCUUUGCGAGAUCCGAAAGUGGAGAACGCAUAGCAUUCUCUGGGCACAUAGGAUCAAACGUAAAGCAGCGCUCUCUUGGCAGAGUUUUAGGCGGCAAGAGAUUUUAGGGCUUGUUGGAGCUUCUGAGCAUAACGAAUCGAAGCCGAAGACGGAUCAAGGCUUUUAUACCAAGGCGAUAGACGAAGGACCGAAGAAUGGAAGGUGCAAAGUCGAUCGUGCACCUGUCACUUAUAUAAUAGCCAGUCAUCAAUUGGAAGCGGGCAAGAUGGUGAUGAAUUGGUCUAAGCCUCCUAUUUGUUCAGGGCGGGCGGCGUGA